UGUGUGAGUUGCAGUUGAUUCUAGUGUUGAGCUUGUGCGGUCUCGUUUUUUGCUUAUAUUUGUGUGCUGAGAGUAUAAUUUAGUGAAUAAAACGCGAAAAAGAAGCGUGAAAAAAGUUGAAGAAAAGGUAAACUAUUGAAAAUAGUGGCAAAAAGUGUAAUUUUCGUCCCACCGUUUGUUGUCAUUGUCAAAUAGUGUCAGUGAAAUAAGAAAAAAGUGCAUUUCUGUGUAGUUUAAAAGCAUUUACCGCCACAAAUAAAAAAGAGCAGCUCCUACUCAUUAUUUAUCACAAUCUAUAAGAGAUCAACACUCGACACUAAGCGGAGAUGGGCAACAUUCAUACGACCGGACCAAAUGAGGCGUUAAUUGUUUCAGGUGGUUGCUGUGGUUCUACCAAAAAGCGCACCAUUGUUGGUGGUUGGGCAUGGGCUUGGUGGCUGGUGACCGAUGUGCAGCGCCUUUCGCUGGAGGUGAUGACGCUCAAUCCAAUGUGCGAGAAUGUUGAAACGGCUCAGGGUGUGCCAUUGACCGUAACUGGAGUGGCCCAGUGCAAAAUCAUGAAGAUGAUGAACGUGUAUUAUUUUCACCAUCAGGCUGACGAAUUGUUGGGCACCGCCAGCGAACAGUUUCUGGGCAAGAGCGUUAAGGAGAUAAAGCAAACAAUAUUGCAGACAUUGGAAGGACAUCUGCGUGCUAUACUCGGAACGCUUACAGUCGAAGAGGUCUACAAAGAUCGCGACCAAUUCGCAGCGCUGGUGCGCGAGGUGGCCGCACCUGAUGUCGGCCGCAUGGGCAUUGAAAUACUCUCAUUCACCAUCAAAGAUGUCUACGAUGAGGUGCAAUACUUGGCCUCGUUGGGCAAGGCGCAAACGGCGAGCGUUAAGCGCGAUGCUGAUGCGGGCGUGGCCGAAGCUAAUCGUGACGCCGGCAUACGCGAAGCAGAAUGCGAGAAAAGCGCCAUGGACGUGAAAUACUCCACGGAUACUAAAAUCGAGGACAAUUCCCGUAUGUAUAAGUUGCAGAAGGCUAACUUUGAUCAAGAGAUCAACACAGCGAAGGCUGAAUCGCAAUUGGCCUAUGAACUGCAAGCAGCCAAGAUACGCCAGAGAAUACGUAACGAGGAGAUACAAAUCGAAGUAGUCGAACGACGUAAACAAAUCGAAAUCGAAGCACAGGAAGUGCAACGCAAGGAACGCGAACUGAUGGGUACCGUUAAACUGCCAGCCGAAGCGGAGGCACAUCGUGUGCAAACUAUAGCACAGGGCAAACAAUGCCAAACGAUUGAGGCUGCCCGCGCUGAGGCCGAAAAAAUACGUAAAAUUGGUUCAGCUGAGGCUCACGCCAUCGAAUUGGUGGGCAAAGCGGAGGCUGAGCGCAUGCGGAUGAAGGCACAUGUCUAUAAACAAUAUGGCGAUGCAGCCAUUAUGAACAUUGUACUCGAGUCACUGCCUAAGAUCGCAGCCGAAGUGGCUGCACCACUCGCCAAGACCGAUGAGAUCGUACUCAUUGGCGGCAAUGAUAAUCUAACAAACGAUGUAACACGCCUAGUAGCACAAUUACCGCCGUCAAUAAAUGCACUCACCGGCGUCGAUCUAUCGAAAGUGUUGUCGAAGAUACCCGGAGCCAAGGCGUGAAAUUCAAUGCAACACUCCAGCAUGCAAACACCACAAGAUGCCAGAUCGAUGAUGUUGAUGACGUAAAUAUGAACCGUAUAUGGAUUGAUGAUGAUGGAAAAUGCAAAUUUAAAAAACAAAAAUAAGUUAAUAUAUAAAGGAAUCAAAGGAAUGAGAUGUGGACCUUAGUAAAAGCCGUGUAAAGUUAAAUAAUGAGAAAAUAUAAAAAAUUUAAUUGAAACCAGACGCAAUCACUAAAACCACAAAUUACUAAAAAAUAGGAAUCAAAUCUACAAAACAGUAACGUAUGUAAUUCAAAAUUUAAAACACAAAAUAACAAAUGCAGCGUAUUAAAAAAAUUAACUAAAAAAUUACAACUAUUUUUAAGUGUAAAGUGUUGUAGUAGAAAACAAUGAAGGCUUCACAUAAAAAUUAAAAGCAAAAACAGUAAAAGCGCAAACAGUCAACGACGUAGCGUAGACGUAGGUUGA